UUCGUUCAAAAGUUUGCAUUCCAUUAUGAAAGGCGCCAAUGUAGCUAAAAAUAUUAAAACUUAUGCAAGAAUUUUGCCUUCUAAAAAUAAACAAUGGGAAUAUUUAAAAAUAUUAGAAGACGGUAAAACGAUAUAUGUCAGAAGUUUACAAGAUUUUUUAAAAGGAUGCCAAGCGGAUGAUCCAACUUAUUGGAAUUUUGAAACUGACAAAGUGUUUUUUAGAGAAUGCCAAGAGGAAAUAUACAAUUCUAUUACUUCCGAUAUUGUAGCGGAUGUUUUCAAAGGGAUAAGUGCUUUAGUGGUAGCUUAUGGUCAGACCGGAAGUGGUAAAAGUUUAACCAUUAGUGGAUUAGAUAACUUUUUUGAAGAUAGGGGAUUGGCGCCUCGGCUAAUUACAGAUUUAAUUGGUAAGAAAAAUGAGCUGGGAGAUAACUAUAAAACUCUUCUGUUCAUGUCAUAUGUAGAAAUAGAAAAGAAAAUGAUUCACGAUCUUUUAAAUUGUAAACCCAAUUCGUUGGAUAUAUUUUCAAUAAAAAAUGUGAGAAUUGAACCAUUCAAGAACGAAUGUGAAGCUCUAAAACUACUAUUUUUAGGGGAAGCCAGAAGAGAAUUAGUAAACUGCGAUUCUUAUAAUUCUCACCUUCGUCAUGGAAUUUUAACUUUUCACAUUAUGAGGAAAAAGAAAAAUCAAACUAAUCCGCACGUAAUAAGUUCUAAAUUACAUUUAAUUGAUUUAGCAGGAUGUGAUAAUCCUAUGAAUCUAACGUGUUCUUUGAAAUCGAUGACGGAUGUGAGUUUAGGUAAUUCAGCAAAAUCUGAAUUAGAACAGUUUGCUUUAACAUUGAUCGAAGAUGUUUCCGUUCAUAUUAAGAAUAAGAGAAGAACCAACAUUCUUUUGUCAUAUUUGGGGGAUUCCCUAGACUCAUGCAAUUUACUUAGGUUUAUAAGUCACGUAAGAACCGGCAAAGACCAUUUACAGGUUACUUUAUCUUUGCUAAGACUUCUCCAAUUGAUUCGUAAUGUGAAGCCUAAAAAAACAAAAGGAAAUGAAAUUUUUGGACCAGGCGCUGAAGAGUAUCAGAUUAAAAAAAAAUUGAAGGACCUUAUUAGAGACAGCAAAAUAAAUGCUAUGAUAACGAACGGCACACUUUCGACAAAUAUAAAUCAGGAUCGAAUUCAACAUGUUCGGAACACGAUUGAGUCUUACUUAACUGAUAAUAUAGACGAUGUCGUUAUUUUAAAUGUAAUCGACUCAAGAGUAGCUCUGAAUACGUUUAGAGACAUGUAUAAAACACUUGAAGAAAAGACCGAAGAAAAUAUAAAAAUGGCAUACGAGAAGGCAUAUUCAGAUGCUUUAGAACAUACUAAAGGUCGUUCAGCGGAAAGUAAAUCCAGUAUGCGACCAUCUAAACCUUCAAUUUCAAAAAAAAGCAGUGUAAAAUCAAAAGACAGCACCAAAGACAGUAACUUUGUUGAUAAUGAAUCGAGAUCAACCAGGAAAAAGAGACGGUCACUAGAAAGCCGAAUAAGCGAAAAAAGUAGAGCCGAAAAGAAGGGAACUGGCGCAGUGAGUGAACAAGGGAGUAAAUUAUUAAGAAGGUCUAAAGGAAGCAGUCUGAUGCAAAUGAAGAGAGAAAAGAGGCGUUCUUCGAGUGUAAUGUCCUUAUCAGCGAUUGGAAUGGAUGAGAAGAUGAUCAAGGAACUUGCUUUACCUGAAAGCAUUCCCGAUCCUCAAAUUGCUUGGGAUGCUUUUACACUCUCUGAAGGAUAUCAGUACAAGGAACUGAAGGAAGAAUUGACCAAUGCCGAUUCUGAAGCCAAAGAGAAACAUUUUUACUAUUUGUAUGAAACAAAACAAAUAGAGAAGUGCUUGGAAUUGGUAGACUUACGACGGGAUGAGUUAUACCAAGCUUCUGCUCAAGAUAAAUUGUAUGAGAAAUUAGAUAAUGGUAAAGAAGAGAACCCAGAAGAAGUUGCUGAAGAAGAAAAACAGCUAACAGAAUUGGAAAAAGCGUGUUUGGAAUUGUUGUGUCAGGCAGAAGGAGAACUAAUUCAACAACAAGAAAGAGCUUUGGAAAAACAAGCAGAACUUAAGGUUUCAUUGGAUCGAGUUAGACAACUCAAAAAAGACGUUCGAAAACAAUUUCAGAAAUUUUGUCGUGAUACUUAUUCGACAAUAUCAAUAAAAAUGUCUGUGGAACCUGAAAACGAGUGUCUUGAGAAAAUAUUGGAACUUGAAGACAAUAUAACUGAGAAAACUGACAUUGAAAAUUUAGAUGAGAAACCAAAUCCAGCCAAAACAAUUUUUGAACAUUUUCAGUGUGUCAUGAGAAAAGAACGUGAAAGAUGGAAGAAAGUAAAAAAGAAAAUGCGUAAAUGGACCUUUACAUACAAGUUAUAAGAUCACAUUUUUUUGUGAGAAGAUAACAAUAAAUUUCAGUUUUAUGGCAAAAA